UUAUUUUCUCUUGUUUCUGAGAUUCAAGUCACAAUCCUCAAUAUUAUAUAUGUCCAUUUGCAAUUUAUUUUAUACAGGAGUAAACAAUCCCAAUAUAUUACCACUUAACUGAUUUCCAGCUAGGUUAGGUAGAUGUCCCAAGAUGCUUGGCUUACUUUACAUAUCCAUUUUUAAACACAUUCUUAUUAUUGGACGUAUAAACUAGUAGUAGUUUUUCAUUAUUGUGAAUUACAUAGUAACAAAGGAAGUAGACUUGGCAUCAAUUCCCACCUCAGCCACAUAUUAGAUAUGUGACCUUGAACAAACUGCCCAUCUUCUUUAAGACUCAGUUUUCUCAUCUGUAUUUUAGAGACAAUAAAAGUACCCAUGCCAUAGUAUUUUUAAGAGGAUUAUUAAGUGAGACACAGCAUGUAAAGUGUAUAGUUUUGGGAACAUAGAAAGUGUUCAAUAAAUAUAAGCUUUUAUGAUCAUUACAGUACUCAGUGAACAUUCUGAAAUACAUGAUUUCUUUUUUUCCUCCUCUGGUACAAUUAGGUCCUUUCUGAGAUGGCAUCUGUGAUUUAGCUAUUCAGAACUUAAUGAAGUUGGUGACUCUGUGACAAUGUGGAGAAAUCAUGUCAACAAAUGUGGUUUGUACUGGGGCUGUCAAUGCUGUAAAGGAAGUUUGGGAAAAAAGAAUAAAGACACUCAAUGAAGACCUGCAGCGAGAGAAGGAAUUCCAACGGAAGCUUGUGAGGCUCUGGGAAGAACGAGUAAGCUUAACCAAGCUAAAAGAAAAGGUCACCAGGGAAGACGGAAGAGUCAUUUUGAAGAUAGAAAAAGAGGAAUGGAAGACCCUUCCUUCUUCUCUGCUGAAACUGAAUCAGCUACAGGGAUGGCAACUGCAUAGAAUUGGUUUGUUGAAAAUUCCUGAAUUCAUUGGAAGAUUCCAGAACCUCAUUAUAUUAGAUUUAUCUCGGAACACAAUUUCAGAGAUACCUAGAGGAAUAGGACUGCUUACUAGACUUCAGGAACUGAUUCUUAGUUACAACAAAAUCAAGACAGUCCCCAAGGAACUAAGUAACUGUGUCAGCUUGGAGAAACUAGAGCUUGCUGUUAACAGAGAUAUAAGUGAUCUUCCACAAGAGCUCGGCAGUUUGAUAAAGCUUACUCACCUUGAUUUGAGUAUGAACCACUUCACCACAAUCCCUUCUGCUGUGUUGAACAUGCCUGCCCUUGAGUGGCUUGACUUGGGAAGCAACAGACUAGAACAACUUCCUGAUACCAUAGAAAGAAUGCAAAAUCUACAUACAUUAUGGCUGCAACGAAAUGAAAUAACAUGCUUGCCAGAAACUAUCAGCAAUAUGAAAAAUCUGGGUACUCUUGUUCUCUCUAACAAUAAACUGCAAGAUAUUCCACUGUGCAUGGAAGAGAUGACCAAUCUGAGGUUUGUCAACUUCAGAGACAACCCACUGAAAUUGGAAGUAACACUUUCUCCCAGUGAAGGCAUAGAGGAAGAGGAAGAGGAAUUAUUUGGUCUUCAGUUCAUGCACACAUACAUACAGGAGUCACGGAGUAGAGCAGAUAAUCAAGUCAACUGUUCCACUACUUCGCCAAUCUCUAUAAACACUGAUGGAUAA